UUUCUAUAAAAAUCUCCACGAACUCAGACAUGCGGCUUGGCGCUUUCCUCGUCGAGCCAGUGAGCGUCAAUGUCCGUAAAAUGGCGGACGGUGACAUUGAUCUCUACGCCGAUGAUCUUGAACAAGACUUUGCACAGGAUGAAUUUGCUGGCGAUGGAGUUGACUUGUACGAUGACGUGAUAGCGGGCCCCUCAGGAGGAGCAACAACAAACAACAGUGGGGGUGGAGGAGGGGGUGGUGGCGGUGAUUCUGAUUCUCCGGACUCAACAAACGAGGAGACAAAUGGCAAUGCUCCGUACCAUCAGCUUGGUAACAAUAUUCAACCCAAUCAAAUUGGCAGAAGACACCAAUUGUACAUUGGUAACUUAACCUGGUGGACAAGUGACCAAGACAUAACCGAGGCCGUUCAAAGUAUUGGAGUCACUGAUUUCGUCGAAGUGAAAUUUUUCGAGAAUCGGGCCAAUGGUCAGUCCAAGGGCUUCUGCGUUGUCUCGUUGGGAUCUGAAGGUAGCAUGAGAUUGUGCAUGGAGAGGCUUCCCAAAAAGGAGUUACACGGACAGAAACCAGUGGUGACAUUUCCCACAAAAGGGGCCCUCCUGCAGUUUGAGUCCCAGUGUAAGACACGACCAGCCCCUGCACCACAGCAGAAUCAGAGCCAAAAGCCUCACAAUCCCCAUCAACAUCAGUCCUCGAUGGCACCUCAUCAGCAGCAUCGACAGCAUCCUCCACACAGUCAACACCCCCAGCAGAAUCAUGGGCCCAGGAUGAUGAUGGGACCUCCUCAGGGACCCAGGCCCCAGAGGAUGCCACCACCUGGAAUGGGACCACCAGGACCUGGCAAUGCUGGUCAACAAGGACCUCCGAGAAUGCAUGGACCGCCUAUGGGUCCUGGUGGACCUGUUCCUCAUCACAUGUCUGGGCAUCCUAACCAGGGACCACCUCCACCUGGAUAUCAACAGAGUCACUGGAAUGGACCCAGACCCAAUGGCCCUCCGGGGCCUCCCAGGGGACCCAAUGGUGGACCUCCUCAGCAGGGACCUCCGGGGCCAGGACCUGGACAACAUAGACCACCUGGAAUGCAAUUCCAUGGACCACCUGGCCCUCCAAAUCAAGGCCCACCCCGAGGUCCUCCACAUCCGGGACCUCCUGGUGAUCCACGAGGAGCUCCACCUCGUCCUGAAUGGAAUAGACCCCCAGGUAUGCAUCCUCAUCAAGGGCCCUCAGGUUUCAAUCAACAUCAGCAUAUGCAAGGACCUCAACCAGUUCAGGGUCCACCCCAAAGAGGACCUCCACCUGGAGGGAUGGGGGGUAUGUUACAAGGCGGUCCACCGCCAGGCCACGGGGGUCCUCAGCAAGGCCCUGCUCCUGGACCCCCGGGUGGUCCAGCACCUCACGUAAAUCCUGCAUUUUUCUCGCAAGGUCCACCUCAUCAACAUCCAGGACAGCAUCCCGGCGGACCACCACCACCACCACAUCACGGACCAGUUCAUGGCCCCCCACAUGGUCCCCCUCACGGACCUCCUCAUGGACCACCUCAUCCUCCUCCACACGGUUAUGGUCCACCCUCUGCUCAGCCGCCUUAUAACGCUCCCGGCCCUGAUCACCGUCCCGAGGAACCUCCUCAGCUCCGUGAAGCUGAGUUCGAGGUAAUCAUGGAUCGUAAUCGAACAGUGUCCUCGUCAGCAAUAGCUCGUGCAGUAUCUGAUGCUGCAGCUGGGGAAUAUGCAAGUGCCAUUGAGACACUCGUCACUGCGAUAUCCCUCAUCAAGCAGUCCAAGGUAGCUGGAGAUGAUCGCUGCAAGAUUCUGAUCAGUUCUCUACAAGAUACUUUGAGAGGUGUGGAGACCAAAAGUUAUGGAUCUGCUAGGCGAGAGCGUUCAAGAUCCCGUGACCGAGAACGCAGUCAUCGUCGUCGUCGUGAGCGCUCUCGUAGCCGCGACAGGGAAUACCGAGAGAGAAGCAGAGAUCGUGAUCGUGAGAGGGACAGAGAUCGUGAUCGAGAGAGGGACCGUGACAGGGAUCGUGAGCGUGAGCGUUAUUACAGCGAGCCCUACCCUAGGGAGAGAUCACGCAGUCGUGACAGAGACCGUGAACGUGAACGGGACCGAGAGUACAGAGAGCGCAGCAGAGAAGAGAGUACAACACGUCAGGCAGCCAGACCGAGAGUUAAAGAGGAUCCGCCCGAGGCGGCACCGGUAUCAUCUUCCAAGCCGUCUAGGUAUUAUGACGAUCGCUACAGAGAGCGAGAACGAGAAAGGGAUCGCGAACGUGAAACAAGCAGGCGGCCAGCUGAACGUGAAAGAGAGCCUGAACGUGGUGGUGGUGGCGGUGCUGGAGGUGGAGGCGGUGAGAGAGAACGUGAACGCGAACGUGAUCGUCGUGACGAGCGUGGAGAUUCAUCGCACCGUUCACGACAUUGAUUACAUGAACACGUUCCAGCAUCAUCUCAUACAACAUACAGUAAUAAUGACGUGACAACAUCUGCAGCAAAUGGGCAAGGCAAAAAGACAUCAACAGCAGAAAAAUCAUUUCUUUGGCAAAAAUCCAACGUGACAUAAUUUCAACAACCUUUUAGUGCUUAUCGUUGUGACUGAUAUGAAUUUUUCCGUGAUAUCCAAAGAUUUACGCAAAAAAGAAAAGAAUUAAAUUGUGAUGUCAAUUAAUUACUUUUCUCUGUCACCUAUGAAUUUUUAUUAAUUGGUAAAAGAAAAACAAUUGGAGAAUACGGCGCCGUAGACAACCAGACAAAAAGUGUGAAUUACAAAAAAAAAAAAAAAAAAAUCAGUGCUUUAUGUUCCCUUCAUAAUGAAUUAUGUAAUUAAUAAUUCUUCUCUUUCUGUCCUCCUAACGAUUUUGCCACAUUAUAUUAAUGAUUAAUAUUCUUCAUGUAUACAUGCCGUAUAUGUAACAGCACUGUAAUUAAGAGAAUGUUUGAAAACAAAAAUAUUUAGAUUUAAUGUGAGAUGAGCAGUGUUACAAUAGAAUUAAAUAAUGAUAAAUCUAGUAAUCACAAGUUUAAAUCAUCAAGAUGCUGACAUGCUGCUCAACGAAGAUUUUAAUCAUCCACAGCACACUAUCAAGAGGAAUGAAGAACGCUCUUAAUGAAAAUUUAUCACCGAUCUUCAGGGCUCAUGCGACAAUGCAAGAUUGUAUUCCUAAUAUAAUGCAAAAAAGAAAAAAAAAUAUUCGGUUUCGAAAAAUAUACAUUAUUGAACAUG